AUGAGUACUAAAUAUUACGAUGCAUUAGUUGUUGGCGGUGGUUUCGGCGGCAUUACCGAACUUUUUAAAUUGAGAGAAGCUGGUUAUUCAGUUCAUGGCUUCGAAAGGGGAACCUAUUUAGGAGGGGUAUGGCAUCACAAUCGCUACCCAGGAGCAAGAGUCGACACAGAAGUUCCUUGCUACCAAUUAUGGUUGGAAGAAACCUGCAAAGGAUGGAUUUUUUCAGAACGUUUUCCUGGAUAUAAAGAGUUGCAAAAUUACUUCGAAUAUGCUGAUUCACAAAUUCACGUGAGCAAGGAUUAUACGUUCGAAUCAAAUGUCAGCAAAGCACACUGGGACCAAGCAAAUAACAUGUGGGAUGUUCAAGUUACUGGAAAAGGAGAAGGUAAUUACAGAUGUAAAUACUUGAUUCUUUGCAUUGGAUUUGCUGCUAAAAAGAUGUAUCCUCCAGGCGUGGACACUCAUAAGUUUAAGAGUACGUCAUUCCAUACCGCGGACUGGCCUUGGGAAGGAGUAGAUGUAAAGAACAAGAGAGUUGCUGUUGUUGGAACUGGUGCUUCUGGUGUCCAAGUGGUCCAAGAGAUUGGGGGUGAUGUUAAGGAAUUAGUGGUAUUUCAACGUACUCCCAACACUGCACUUCCUAUGAGACAAAGAACAGACGACCCUAAAGAUAAGGAGACUCAAAUGAAGAGAAGAGUUGACUAUCCAAAGAUUUUCCGUAAGUUGAGAGAAACUUCUUACUCAGGUUUUGAGUUCGAGGCUGAUUUUCGCGCUGCUCUGGAAUGUACACCUGAAGAAAUUAAAGAAAAAUUUGACGAUUGCUGGGAAAAGGGAGGUUUCCGUUUCUGGCUUGGGAACUUCAAAGACGUGUUUGUUGACCCUAAAACUAAUGAAAUAGCCUACAAGUACUGGAGGGAAAAAGUUUUCGAGAGAGUUAAGGACCCAAGAAAGAGGGAAAUAUUGGCUCCAGCUAAACAAGUUAACCCUAUUUUUACUAAAAGACCAAGUCUUGAACAACGUUACUAUGAAAUAUUUAAUCAGGAUAAUGUCAACAUUGUCAACAUUAGGGAUACACCUAUUACCGAAGUUACCGAGACUGGAUUGAGAACCUUAGAAAAGGAAUAUGAAUUUGACAUUAUUAUAUAUGCUACAGGUUUCGACUCAAUUACUGGUGGGUUUUAUCAAAUCGAUUUAAAGGGUGACAAUGGUGUAUCUCUCCAAGAAACUUGGAAAAAUGGGACCUAUACCCAUUUAGGUAUGACAAUUUAUGGGUAUCCUAACUUAUUUUUCAUGUAUGGACCUCAAGGGCCUAGUGCGUUCUGUAAUGGUCCGACUUGUGCUUUAACUCAAAGUGAGUGGAUUAGAGAUGCGAUCAAUUAUACAGAAAAGAAUAAGUACAAAAGAAUUAUGCCUACAUUGGAAGCUCAAUUAGGUUGGAAAAAUACAUUAACGAGGGAGCCAACAGCACAUUAUUACCAAUUGCAGAUUCAUGGUAUAUGGGUGUCAAUAGAGAGGGAAACAAACCCAAAGAAUGCCUUCUUUACGUUUAUGGUGCCAACAACUAUCUUAAGGAUAUUUCUAAAGAAGCUGAAAAUAAUUAUGAGAAUUUUGCAUUUUUAUAGCUUUAUAUUGUUUGUAUCGAUUAUUCUAUAUAAACUUGCAACUCAGUUAAAUUGCAAUAAACCAAUAUACUUUUCUUUCGUGUUCACAACAUAUAGCCUUUGGAGAAGUCUUUCGGAUUGUACUUGCAUGCAUAUUAUGUACUUUCAGUGA